AUGACUAUUUCCAAAACUCUUUUGGCUCCCAACUUUGAAGAGCAAAAAUCUCAACCUCACACAUUUUAUCUUUUUGGUGAACAUUUAUCAAAAUCUAAAGCACCAUUUCUACACAAUGCUUUGUUUAAAUCACUAGGCUAUGAUGAAUGGGAUUACAAAAUCUAUGAAACUUCAUACAUUUCAGAAAUAUCUCAUAAAAUAAACAGUGAAAAACUUUUUGGAAGUGCAGUCACUAUGCCAAAUAAGGUAAAAGCUGUUGAACUUGUUGAUUUGCUUGAUGAUAUCGGGAAAGGUUGUGGAUCCAUCAAUACCAUCUAUACACGAACUGAUCCAAACAAUGGCAGAGCACUCAAAAUUGGAACAAAUACAGACACAGUUGGUAUAAAAGAAAGCUUUGUUCAAAACUUCCCAAUUGAAACUGAACAAUUAUCUUCAUCACCUGGUUUAGUUUAUGGUGGAGGUGGUGCUUGCAGAUCAGCCAUUUUUGCAUUAUACAAGUUGUUAAACGUUCCAAAAGUUUACAUCAUUAAUAGAUAUGAGAGUGAAGUGGAAGAGGUUAAGGUAUCAAUGAAAUUGAAUGGCUUUGAAGGUGAAAUUAUUCACGUUAAAACUGCAGAACAAGCUAGAGAAAUGGAUCCUCCAAAACUUGUUGUUUUAACUGUUCCAAACUUUGAACCACAAACAACCGAGGAAAAAAUCGCCAGAAAUACACUGGAUGUUUUCAUCAAUCAAAAAUCACCAGGAAUUGUGCUUGAAAUGUGUUAUCAUCCAGUUAUUGAAACCCAAUUGUUUCAUAAUUUCUUGAACGCUGGUUGGAAAGUUAUUAGUGGUGUUGAGGCGAUGAUUUAUCAAGGAAUCGCUCAACAAGUGCUUUGGACAGGUAUCCCAAUAGAUAAGAUCCCAACAAAAAAGAUCAAGGAACAAGUGUAUAGCUCUAUAAAUAAUUGA